UCAUGUUGCAUGCAGGCUGCUGUACUCCUGUGAGCCUGAGAAUCCAGCAGAGGGCGCUGUGCGCAAACAGAUCCUGAUGGCCAGCAAGACAGGAAGAACUUGGCUAGACUGUAAAAAGCCCCAGCUAGCUGAUAACUUCCUGAGCCUUGCUGUCAAAAGCUUGGAGACACUGUACAGCCGACUAACAUCCCGAGGCCAUGGAGGGGCAGACAUCAACACAUCGAAAGGAGAUGUGGAGAAGGACCUGCUUCGAGUUCUGUCUUACCAAGCUGAGUCGGCACUUGCUCAAGAGAAUCACCAAGAGGCUGUGGCCUGCAUGCAGCGCUGUAAAGACAUGCUACUGCGGCUCCCCAAAGAGACAGGCUAUCUCUCUCUCAUGUGCUAUAACUUCGGAGUGGAUUCCUACAAUAUGAAAAAGUAUGAGGAGAGUUCAUUCUGGUUGAGCCAGAGUUAUGACAUAGGGAAGAUGAAUAUAAAAUACUCCCCUGGCGCUGAAGUGCAAGCCAAGGUCCUGAGGCUCCUUGCCACUGUCUAUCUAAAGUGGGACUGUCAGCAGUUUCAGGAGAAGGCACUCAAUGCUGUGAACUUAGCCAAUAAGGAAAGUGUGCAUCCCUCUGGGCUCUACCUGAAGAUCAGAAUUCUACUGAGAUGUGGGGCUCAGGAUGACCACGUAAGAGCUGGAGUGACAGAGCUGCUGGAGUCAGAGGUUCCUCUGGAAGUGUGUCUAAGCACAGUGAAACUACUCAUGGCUGAAGACAGAGAGACAUUGGCCUUUGACUACCUGAAGAGGGUGUGCCAGCACUUUGAGUCGUCCCCUGAACUGGGCAGUGCCCUGGUCCUGCACAUUGAGCUGCUGCUGCAGAGAGGCAAGGAGCUUCUGGGAAAACAGAAAAUAGAGGACAUCAUCACAGGCCACUACACUGGUAAACAGCUGUCUCCUCAGACUCUCACCUGUUUACAUCUCCUGCUCUGGGACAAAGCCUCCAAGAACUUUGAGACUAAGAACUUCUCAGAGGCUCUGCAGUGGUAUAACUACUCCUUGAGUUUCUACAAGGCUGGCCAGAUGGAGCCCAACCUGGCCAAGCUUCAGAGGAACAGAGCUUCCUGCUUACUGCAACUAGAGCAGCUGGACAAGGCCAAAGAAGCAAUAAAGGAGGCAGAGAGAUGUGAUCCAAACAGCAUCUUCACUCAGUUCAGUGUUUACAAGAUUGCUGUCCUGGAGAACAAUGUGGAGAAAGCUGCAGAGGCAGUGAAGGCCAUCGCGGUUCUGGCCCAAGGUCCUUUGACCAGUGAGGACAGACUGCUAGUGGCUGAGAAUGCUGCCUCCAACCUCCUCAGUUUUGCUGCUCAGAUCGCUCUGGAGAAUGAGCAACAAGACACAGCCAUGAAGGCUCUGGAGAGUUUGUGUGAACACUCAAAAGAUGAAGCUCAGGUUCUCACUGCUCUCAGGUGUUUGGUUCGACUAGUGCUCUCAACAAUAGAAAAGGCCAGUGGGGAGAUAGGACAUGCGAAUCUGGAUAUUCUGCUGUCAUAUCUAAAAAUGGCACUGCAGAAAGUGUCACAGCUCAGCCCAGGGCCUAGCAUGGCUGUAGAGCAGCGCACAGAGGACGCCAACUGGUUCAGGAAGAUUGCUUGGAACUCUGCGCUGCAGUGUGAGAGCAGCCCUGACAGGAUGAGGGAUUUCUUUCUGUUCUCUUACCAGCUGUCCCAGUUCUGCCCCCCGGACCGGGCCGUGUUGAUGGGCCAGAAGACGUGCCUGCUGAUGGCUGCUGCUGCCUCUCUGGAGCUCUGCAGGAAGUCUCCAAACUCUGACCAGACAGAGCAGUUGACACAAGCCCUGGAGCACAUUCAGAUCUGCUGGGAGGUCUGGAAGACUCUUAAAGCAUCAGGGGACAACUCCAAGGACCCAACCAACAUUUUGCUGCUGCUGUAUGAGUUUGAGGCUCGUGCCAAGCUCAACGACCCCAAGGUGGAGACAGUGCUGGAGUCAGUGCUGGAGCUGGAUAAUGUUGAGAUCAAGGUGUUGGAGACCAUGGCAGCCUUGGCCAUGGAGCCUCCUGCCCACUUCCCUCUGCUGUGUAAGAAGGCCUUGAGGAUCGCUCUGUCUCUGCACAGGAAACAACCACAAGCAGACCUGACCCGCUGCAGCCAGUGUGUCCACAGCCUGAUCCAGCUGUCGCUACCCAGCGGCGUGUCGGAUGUGGAGGCCCGUGUGCUGGAGGAGGUAUGGGGCUACUAUGAAGAGGCCCUGUCCAUCAUCACAGCCGCACCUGAGGACUUCCCUGAGAUGGAGAUCCUGUGGCUGCUGACCCGAGCCUGGAACACAGGCAUCCUGCUGUAUAGCCUGGCCCAGUACCCCGAGGCUGAGAGGUGGUGUGGCCUGGGCAUGAGCUUCCUCCGCCACCUGGGCUCCCUGCAGGAGAGCUACCAGACACAGAUGUCAGGUCUGUACAGUGAGGUCCUGGACAGACUAGACAAAGCCAAGAAGAACCUUAUCAUGGAGGAGUGAUCUUGCUGGUUGAGCUCUGCAGAGCACUUUUAAUGUCAGGUGCCUGAUAUCAUCCAUGUGGUAGCUGGGAUGGUGGUUCACUGUAUGAAGUCUCACUGGAUCCUGUGACUGGUCUUCAGUUUAGUCAGCUCCUCCAGGAUGUCAGUUGCAUCCUGCCCUCCCCUAAUAUUUCCCUAUGGAGAGUUUAGAUAACCAUUUCUAGCUUUUGUAGUUGUUGUUUUGGUACUGCUCUACAUUAUUACAUUCAUAUGAAUUUUACAUUGUCUUAUUUAAACAACUACUAAUACCAGUGGACUUGAUUUGGUGAGAAUAAAACACAUCGAAAUCAUAACUGAGUCACAUUUUAUUUUCAAACAAAUAAACUCUUGUCCAGUCCAAACUGAAAACCCCAAACAAAAAAAGUUGCAGGACUGUGCUCCCUCAUGACUAGGACAGGGAAGACCAUUUGGCCCAGCAUCCUGAUAGGCUCAAACACCUCCAGUGUGACAGGAAGGAAACUACUGUACAAUCAAAAGAAUUCGCAAGCACUUACUGCACAGGUGUGCUGUCAAACAACUCAUCACCCAAAAGGACAAACCAGAACCCAACAACCCCCCCCCAGAAAAGCUUACAUCAUCGUGUCUCUCACUGGAACAAAGACCCUCAUCAAUUAUACACACACGGGCAUUUAGGUUCAAUCUUGUUAUACCGCAACUUCAAUGGAAAGGAUGAAAAAAAUCAAGUCAUUUGGGCUUUAUUGACAUGAUUGCUGACCGAGGGGUAUAAAUACCAGACAAGUUAAAGUCAGCUGUGUUUCAACUAAAAACAGAGGACCAGGUCUAAAUCAGAUAUUCAUCAAUGCUCCUCCUGGUUUCUGGAAUAUAUUGUAGGUUGCUGCCUGCAUCUAGUCUUCAUUCUUUGAAUCUAUACACCAUUUUCCACAAGAAAUAACAUGUAGACAGGCAGCUGAAGAUUUGUCUAUAGAGAAAUACCAACAUUACGUCACACGUAUGGAAAAAUUGGAAAUGAUAUCUCGGAAUAUCUGUUUACUUACCUGUCAUUUGUGAUCUAUAAAAAUGUUUUGUCCCAGUUUAUUUCACACAUGCAUGAAGCACAGGUGAGGGGGAUCUGCUGGGGGCAUAUUUACAUUUGACAGCUACCACACCCUUUGAAACAGUCUGUAAGCAGUUUAUAAAUGGCUCUGUUCCCUUCGGUUAUUCCCUGAACUCUGGUUUUGACACAGGUAAUGACAGCUGGUUUAGCAGUGGUGCCUGGCAGGUGGGCACACCUGUUCAGAAAAUGCCUGCAUGUACAGGUGUUCCGGGGGGGGGGGGGGGGGGGGCAAGGGCAUACAGAAGAUGGUCUGGCUCUCAGGCAUCUGAGGAAAACCCUUCCCCUCUUCCAAAAACAGUGGAAAAUUAAAUGUUCACAGGGUAGGGGGCCACAGUAUUCUUAAACAAGUCAGACACGUCCCCUCACAUGAACAAAUAAACACAGUGCCAAGAUCUGCAAAGGAAGAUUUAGCAGGUUAUUUCAAUCCUGUUGAAUCCAUAAAACCAACUCAGGCAAGGGUUUACCACAGAAGUGGUCUUCACGAAACUUCACAAGAUAUGCUGAUCUAUUAUGUCUAUUAAAGAGUUCAUUGCAAAUGCCUUUCAAAUCUCUCAAACCAUUCAGUCAGUUACUCUUUCAUUCACAUUUAACAUCUGUGAACUCUUAAAUUUGUCCUUUAAAACAUGGUGUUUCAGUCGCAGGGGAAAUUAUAUCGGUGCGUUAGAUUCUUGAGCUGACUGAGCUCGCCCCAGAUAUACCAUUGGGUUCGUAACACAGUGGUUCAAAACAUACCCAGAACAAAUUUAAAAAACGUUAUAGAUACAGAGAAUAUAGGUUUUAAUCAAACCCCUCUUAAGUGUUAUUAUGGAUGGGGGGGACAAUCCAAAAACCAUUUAUAUUGACUCUUUAAUUGUUAGGACAUCCAAUACAAUUUGUCUUGUUCUACCCGUUUUAAGGCCACCUUCAGGGUGGCAUAUACAGGACAGUACCAUGUGACCAAUCAAUCAAAAAGAAUCAUCUUGGAAGGCAGAGAGUGUAAUAGGGUGGUCUGCUGCUCAACAUGGGUGAGGGAGCUAUGGCUGCCCAAAUUGGAAUCCAAUAAAUUCUUAAAAUGACAACAGGAAAAGGAUAAAAAUACAGGGGGAAGAUAGGAAUCCACAGAGGUGAGAUAUGCGUUCGGUCUAUUGCACUCACAAGUUAGACCUCCUGGAAGUCAGGAGGACAACUCAGAAAAUAAAAUAAAUGUCCUGUUUGUUUUCCUUGUCAAUUAUUUGUAGCUUCCCUCACAAAGUACAGGUAAUAAUAUAACAAUUUGUAUUUGAUGUAAGGCAGUUUGGUGUUUUGCAGAGAGCCCCGUUACACUUCUCUACCCCCACCCUUUACACAGAGCAGCUAAAAACCACAAGCAAAAAAAUCCCACAAAAAAAAAA